CUGAGGCACCGUGCCUGGAUAUCAUCUGAUUUCCGCCCUCUGAUUGGCCAUCCAUUUUAGCUUCAAGUUGACUCUCUUCAGCAAUUUUCAACUUUUGUUCCCCGGAUUUUCAUCUUCAACCCCAUCCUCGUCGUGCCGCCUCUUAUCCGCUUACCCUCUUGUUCCUCUCAUCCUUUACUCCUCUCGGCGGCAUGUCCAAGGCGACUUUCGCCGCAAUCGCCGCGGCUAGCGCGGCCACCGGAGCUGGCCUUACAGCGCUGCUCUAUUCCUCUUCCACCCCUCGAACCCAACAGCAGCAGCAACAACAACAACAACAACAACAGAUAUUACCUCCAUCUGCACCAGUUACCUCGACCACUCCUGUCCCGAUCCAACCGGCAGCCCCGUCACUCGCCGCCAAAUCCCUCGCCGGACCCGUCGACCCGUCCGGUAUCUACCAAUAUGGCUUCCCCGGCCCCGUCGCCGAUACCCUGCUCUCAGCUCCUCUAGCCGGCGCAUACGACCGUCGCACGCGCAAUCCCGCCUGGGUAGCCGAGCACAUCACGCCGGCUUCGCUGGCGAUGAAGAAUGCGGACCGCAAACACAGCACCUUCUUCGAAGACACCACCAUCCCUGCCGCCUUCCGCGCCAAACUAAAUGAUUACUUCCGUUCCGGCUACGAUCGCGGCCACCAGGUGCCUGCGGCCGACGCAAAAUGGUCUCAGGAAGCUAUGGAUGCUACUUUUGCCCUGACAAACAUGUGUCCCCAGGUGGGCGAGGGAUUCAACCGGGACUACUGGGCGCAUUUUGAGGAGUUCUGCCGCGGCCUGGCCAAGAAGUAUCCUUCCGUUCGCGUUGUAACCGGUCCCUUGUAUCUCCCUCACCGUGAUGCGGAUGGCAAAUGGCGUGUAUCGUACGAGGUGAUUGGCAACCCACCUAAUGUUGCCGUGCCCACACACUUCUAUAAGGUUAUCUACGCUGAGGAGGGCCCCGCUUCUCCUACUGGAAAGGUUGCCUUGGGUGCUUUCGUUUUGCCCAAUGCUCGGAUCUCGAACGACAAGAGGCUGACGGAGUUUGAGGUGCCGGUUGAGGUGGUCGAGCGCGCGAGCGGCCUGGAGUUUGUUUCCAAGUUGGAGACGAACCGUCGCAAGCGUCUCUGCCAGGAAGUCAAGUGUGAUGUUGUCGUGCGCGAGUUUAACAACUCUGCCAAGCGGAACUAAAGUGGCUAUUAACGGAGUCCUGGGAGAGAUUAGGCACCUCAGGCCGAUCAGUGUAAUUUUGGAUGUAAUAAUUUCGGGUUUAUAAAUGGUUUAUAUAGUCCGGGCGUUUACGGGUUGCAUUCACGUCGGUCGUUGUA